UUGGCUUCAAUGAUAAAUAAUCAAACAAAAAAUACUUUAGUCUAUCUACCACUGAUAAUGCUGAAUUAGUUUGAAUUUUUAUUAUUCAUAUAUUUUCUCAAAAUUUAUAUUCAUACAAAUGCUUUAGUUGUUAUGUUAUUUUUGAACAGAUCCAAAAUGACUGCAAUUUUAGGCGGAGGAAUAUCUGGUUUGAGUGCUGCAUAUUACUGCCUUGAAAAUCCAAAAUUAGGAUCGAUUGCUUUGUACGAAGCAUCGAAUCGUCUUGGGGGAUGGAUAAAGAGUAAAGAAACACCCUCGGGACACAUAUUUGAAAAAGGUCCACGAACUAUUCGACCCGGAGGACUUGCUGGAAAAAAUACACUUGAACUAAUAGAUAAACUAAAUUUGACCAACAAAAUUAUUUCAAUCGACAGAAAUCAUCCAGCAGCUCGGAAUAGAUUAAUUUAUGUAGACAAGCAAUUGCAUGUUCUACCAAAUUCAUUGACUAGUCUGUUCAAAGUCAACAAACCUUUCGACAGACGUCUAAUCUCAAUAAUAUUGAAUGAUUUGAAAGCCCCAAAGUCACCCAAAGAAGAUGAAAGCAUUUAUAGCUUUGUUGAACGAAGAUUAGGAAAAGAUGUUGCUGAUUACUUGAUAAGCCCAAUGAUUUGUGGAAUCUGUGCUGGUGAUGCAAAGAAAAUUAGCGUCAAUUUUCUCAUGAAGCCUAUUUUCAAACUUGAACAAAAAUAUGGCUCCAUUACAAAGGGUGUACUGUUGAAUCAGUUAAAACAAUUUUUUGAUAAAACAUUCAAAACUUCAAAAAAUCAAGAUUUGGGCAAAAUUAAAGAUUGCCAGUUAACAGAAAGAUCUCAGAAAGAACAAUGGUCGGUAUGGAGUUUAACGGGUGGACUUGAACAACUUCCAAUUAUGUUAGAAAGUCACAUAAGCUCCAAGCCCAAUAUUCAUUUAGAAAAGGAAGCAUUAUGUGAUCAAAUAACGUUUAAACAAGAUACAGUUGAAUUAUCAAUAAACGGAAAAGUAACAGAACAUCGUAGAAUUAUUUCUAGUUUGUCAGCAAAAAGUCUUGCUCCCCUGUUAAAAAAACAGCAUCCAAAAUUGUCAAAAGAACUUGAAGAUAUACCAUUUGUUACAGUAGCAGUUAUUAAUCUUCAUUUUCCAGGCAAUGUCUUACCAAUGAAGGCUUUUGGGUUUCUUGUUCCACCACAGGAAAAUCUACCAAUAUUGGGAAUGAUUUUUGAUUCUUGUAUAGUUCAAUACAGUGAAAACACAGUACUAACAGUCAUGAUGGGUGGUGCUUGGUUUGACAAGUACUUUGGCAACAGUCCAACACAAGAUGAGAUUCUCUCAAUUGCUGUGAAUCACGCAAAAAGUAUACUUAAUAUAAAACAAGAUCCUGUAGAACAUGAUGUAUCCAUCUUGAAAGAUUGUAUUCCUCAGUAUGUUGUUGGUCACAAUCAGAGACUCCAGAGGAUCGAUAAUUACAUUUCUGCUCACAAGAUCCCCAUGGCACUUUGUGGUUCGUCGUACAAAGGAGUUGGUCUGAAUGAUGUUAUUCUGUCAGCAAAAGAAGCCGUAUCUCACAUUGCUUCGUGACUUGAAAAUCAACUUACA